CUGGGAACCCGCAACCCAUACCCGCCAUGCCACAAGCACCAGUAUACCCAGACGCUGUCUACGAUACCUCAUACUCCCUUUUCCGUCUAUCCCCUCUCUAUGGCUUCGGACUCAUCUCUCUUCCGACUCAUGGCCGCGAAUUAACCAAGCUGGUUCGGCAAUCCCUAACAUCAUCCGCCGCCGCUGUAGUAGCAGACGAGAAUGCCGGAAAGGAGUUGGACCAUGUAAAGGCUACAAAGGACGACGUGUCAGGCGUGGUCGAUUUCGUCGUUUCGUUUGAUGGUGGAAAGAAAGGCUACCACGCCCUCUUACUACCCCCAACAACGAACGCGGAGGUAUUGGAAGGAAGUCGAAAGAGGAAGCGAGAUUACACGACAAGGGAAACAGCGACUGCUUUUGAUCACUUCCCAUUAUUGUUGCUGAGGGUACCGGCGGCUGUGACAGCGGUGUUUACGCAUUAUCUUACGACACGGUUCGAUGCGCGCUGUACAGCGCUACGGAUCCCGUCGAGCGCGUUACAGUCGACAUUCCUCGAUCCAUACUUAUCUAGAGCGACAGAGCUCACCGGGCCAUUACAGCUCACGUACUCACUACCUUCAGUCGGCUGCAAACGCUUCACCAUCUCCAUCCCUGGUGGUGACCUCGCAUCCAUCCGCGAACACGCUGCUGACAUGUCCUCUACAACCAUGCCUGUACUACAGAAGCAUCUCGAAUGCGCGACAGGGAUGUCUCUCGACGAGGAUGGUGUAGAGAUUGUCAAGGUUGCUUGUGCGACGUUUGUGGUGAGCGGGGAGGGAAAGGUUAAGGUCUUUGGGAAGAAUCGGGAAGGUGUUGAUGUUGGGUGGGUUGUGGAGAGGAUCAUUGGUGCGGCUAUGAACGGCGUUGAACCCUAAAGAAGGUUCGGCAUUCUGGUGGCGGAAGAUGGGACAAAUUAGAACGAGUGUGGGGAUCUGGGCGGAGCGUGGUUAUUGGGAAGGGUGGGUCGGGCAGGCGUUUUGGGUAUGUUUGGGAGUCAUUAAGGGG